ACCAGAGUGAUCCUUAUGAAGGGAGUUCAAAAUUUCCUUGUAGUUUUUGCCCUAUUGACAUUGGCUUUCUCAUUAGCCUCAGCCUCAGAUCCUAGCUCUCUGCAGGACUUCUGUGUAGCCCUUAAUGAUACCAAGCACGCCAUAUUUGUAAAUGGGAAGUUCUGCAAGGAUCCAAAACUUGCCACUGCGGAUGACUUCUUCUUUUCAGGGCUUGACAAAGCAGGAAACACAUCAAAUGCAGUGGGAUCAAGAGUUACUCCAGUCAAUGUUGACCAAAUUCCAGGACUUAACACUCUUGGCAUAUCAUUGGCUCGAAUUGACUAUGCACCUUAUGGUGGCCUAAACCCUCCUCACACUCACCCCCGUGCCACGGAAAUCCUAGCUGUAAAAAAGGGUACACUCUAUGUUGGCUUUGUUACAUCAAACCCGGAUAAUAAAUUCUUCACCAAAAUCCUGAAGAGAGGAGAUGUGUUUGUUUUCCCUGCUGGUCUCAUUCACUUCCAGUUCAAUAUUGGGAAAACUAACGCCAUUGCCUUUGCCGGUCUCAGCAGCCAGAAUCCAGGAGUUAUCACUAUUGCCAAUGCUGUCUUUGGUUCCAACCCACCUAUCAAUCCUGAUGUACUUGCUAAGGCCUUCAAACUUGAUAAGAAAGUGGUGGAAUUUCUUCAAACUCAGUUCUGA